UUCUUUCCAGAGACUGUAAAGGCACUAAAGAAACACAAGAUGUUGCCAGAGGAAAAUCUUAAAGCUGAAGAGAUAGAGAAGGAGUUUCUGGAAAGGCUGGACGAGAUCAUUCAGCAGUCUGACAGGGAUUGGGAGAAGAUCAAGCGCUUGGGAUCCUGCGAAUGUGAAGAGAUCGUGGAGUCUGUUUUUGUGCCCCUGGCCCGGCACUGCAUGGCGAUGGGAGAAUACACCAGAGGCUUGUAUUACUUGUUGGAGUGUGCAGCGGCUUACUUACAUCUGUCAAACAACUACAUGGCCUUUUGCAAUUUGAAUACAGCAGAGAAUCUGAUCAAAUCGGUGGACUUCAGAGCGACUGUAAUUAACCAGUUUGAGGAAGCUACCUUCUACAGCCUGAAGGGUGAGGUAAGGAGACAGCAAGACAUUGAGGAACCUCUUCAUGUAUCUGGUUGGGGCCAUCUAUGGAAGAUGAUUGCAGGUUUCCUGUGUCUCCCUCCUAUGUCCAUACAACCUCAUCCGAAACUAAAAGUCCAAACUACUGGAUGGGCUCGCAUGCCCCAUUUGCCUUAG